AUGACGCUUGCCGGGACGGGGACGGAGACGUUGACCCUGUUUCUGGUGAACCUCGCCGGAAUAAUGGACAACGCUGACGAGCAGCUGCUGCCGGCGGUUUACAAGGAGGUCGGAGAAUCUUUGCAUGCCGACCCCACCCAUCUGGGCUCGCUUACCUUCUACAAAUCGUUCGUGCAGGCACUGUGCUUCCCGGUCGCCGCCUACCUCGCUACUCGCCACAACAGGACGCACGUCAUCGCCCUCGGUGCCUUCCUCUGGGCCGCCGCUACCUUCCUCGUUGCCAUCUCCUCCACAUUCACUGAGGUGGCGGUGUCGCGUGGGCUGAACGGAAUCGGCUUAGCCAUUGUGAUCCCUUCCAUCCAGUCCCUGAUAGCCGACUCGACCAACGAGUCCAACCGUGGGACCGCCUUUGGGUGGCUCCACCUCACAUCCAGCUUCGGGUCCGUUUUUGGCAGCCUUGUGGCUAUUCUCCUUGCUCCCACCACCAUACUCGGCCUCGAAGGCUCGCGAGUUGCCUUCCAUCUGGUCGCCGCCCUCAGCAUCCUCGUCGGCAUCCUCGUCCACCUCUUCGCUCAGGACCCACGUUACAAUGCCAGUAGAAUAAAAAACGACCCUCAAGAACCCACGAAAUCUUUUCUUGGCGAGGAGGCAAGGAGUCUGCUCAGGGAGGCUAGGGACGUAAUAAACGUCCCAUCAUUCAAGAUUCUGGUGGGGCAAGGGCUCGAGCUCAUGGGAUUCUCACAUGGGACUACUGCCACUAUCUGGUCGCUGUUUACUGUGGCGAGCUCUUUAGGGGGGCUGUUCGGGGGGAAGAUGGGGGAUUUCGUGGCCCGAAGGCUCCCGGAUUCCGGGAGGAUUAUUCUGGCGCAGGUGAGCACGGGUUUAGCUGUGCCGCUUGCUGCCGUACUCAUACUUGGCCUGCCGGACGACUCCUCCACCGCCAUCCUGCACGGCUUCGUGUUUGUCGUCAUGGGGCUGGUCAUUUCUUGGUGUGCCCCGGCGACUAACAACCCUAUAUUUGCGGAGAUAGUCCCCGAGAGAGCCCGAACGAGCAUCUACGCCUUGGACAGGUCAUUCGAGACCAUCCUGUCCUCGUUCGCACCCCCAGUCGUGGGAUUAUUGUCACAGAACGUGUUUGGCUACAAAACAGUCGACUCGGGGAAUGUGGAGACAGACAAGGAGAACGCGCGGGCCCUUGGCAAGGCGCUCUACGUGUCUAUAGGCAUCCCCUUCACUAUAUGCUGCCUCAUCUACUCCUUCCUCCACUGCACCUACCCUGGGGACAGGGACCGCGCCAAGAUGGCAUCUUUUAUCGAGUCACAAACUCAAGAUAUAGAGACAGACAAUAGCUAUGUUUUGAUCAGGGAUGAACCUAAUGUGCCGAGCGAGGAGGACACGAGUGCUGAUUGUCGAGAAACUGAUGAGCAGAGGCUGCUGUCUGUGUGAAAUUUAGUUUUAUAUGUUGUUUUUAUUAUUAGUAUUAUUGGUAUUUUUUUGUUAUUUUUUUCAUUUCCAUGUUUCUUGGAAUUCACGAUCUCGUGUAUAGUAAGUUGGUUACUCUGUGUAUAUAAAGUUCUCUUUUUUCAAGUUGUAAUAUUGUAGUUAUUAAAGCCACGACUAGGUAAGCCAAGGGCCCGUGGCUUUACCCGCCAAGUUAUCACUUUUUAAUAGAUAACCGGCAGCUACUAAGCUUGAUGUGCUGUAGAAAACACUUUGGGAUUGUUUAGUGCAAUGGUGUUUGAUAUUAGCUUCAUUGUUUGAUGUUGAUGAAUUUGUUUUCUG